UUAUCCUAAUGGUCAUCGGUGUUCUCAUCAGCCAAUAAAGAUAAAUUAUCUCAAUUCACAGUCUCUCACUGCAGUGCGCUCUCAGCCGUUUCCAAGGCGACCGAGGACGCUUGUUUAAACAAGUUUUUCAAGCUCUCUCUCUUGCCCUUCAAGUUGCGUUGUCUUAGCAACCAUGCGUAUUCAUCUUGGCUUAACUAGUUAUCUGCAGGUAAAUUUCGUGACAGAGCAGGCGUUUCGUGUUAUUUUAAUUUAUAAAGAUUAUGCUUUAGUUACCGAAAGUAGCUACGUACCCUCAUUUUUUAACAACAUGCACAGAGACGAGGAUGUGGACCUGCGUCGUGAUGAAGGACCUCAGGGAUGCCAUGUCUGUGCGAUUCUGAGGCCCAGUGGGGCAGCAGACCAGCCUCUCAAACCCCAGGGCAGACGCUACAUCCCUCACGGGCACGGAGAAGAGGCCUCCUACAGACCCCACGUACAGCACAUCGAGCCUGACCUCACUGAGUGUGACCUGGACUGGAAAUCGCGUCUGCGCUGGCUGCCUCAGCCCCGCUACAGCGACGCCCCCUUUCCGGAAAUAAAGGCCGCCAAAUUCCCGGACGGGGCCAGGCUGCUGAGGUCCUUCCCGCAUGAUAACAUGAUAUCUGAAUCUGAAUGGACGUUUUAUCCCAGCUUUGGGCUACCGGUGACCUACCAUAUUGGCAAAAGGUGCCUAAUUGAUGGUGUUCACCAUUACAGAAGCUUAAGGAGCUCUUCUGAAAGAACAUUAGAGUUGAGACUUGGGAGGAAAAGACAGAUCAGGUCUCCUUGCUGUGUGAUCAGGGGGUCCAGGCCUUAUAUUUCUCCAGAGUACAGCACUGACUUUCACAAAUUUGGAUCUACGUUACCCGCUGUGGGUUUUGGAUCCUCGGCUACACUGAAAGGAGACACAUUCAUCCCUCUUCAGCGUCCAACCGGUCGUCAGUGCAUGACCUACCGACAGAAGAAAGCCUUGAAAGAUCGAGAGGCCGACGUUCUGGAGGUCAGGAAGCUGGACGACUGGAGGCCCGCAGCGCCCAUAACCCCGCCCCUGUGUGAGAACAGACACGGGAAACACAAGAAGGCGGACUGCUCGUGGAGAACGGUGCAGGGGGAGAAGCUCGCUUCGUCCAUGUCUGCCCUACCUUCGACAAAGAUGAAAUAAGUCACAAUUCACAGUGACAUCAUGCCAACCACCAAUGUAUAGAAAAGACCCUUGCAAAAAAAAAAAAAAAAUUAAAACAUGAAUGUAACCAGCCACCCAGAUAAUCACAAAUUAGUGCUCCAGGAAGUGUGGAAGAACGAUUUCACAGUGAGCAGUUCCCUUAAGCACACGGUUUGUAAUUAACAACCAGUCGAUGUUUUGAUUUGAUUUCCACCUCUGCGGAGUGAAGUUUUCCACCACUCCUCUCUGCGCAUAAUGACUAGUUUUUGUAGUGCCGUUCCAGAAGGAGCGUCAUUUUGCCCACGGGAAAGGAAGGCUGAGAGUUUUCCAACCCGGAAAUUAAUUUUUGUCCACUGUAGAGGACACGAGUCUCUCCUCUGAACCUCAAUAACCACAUACUCUAACGUGCUGAAAUCUACAGCACAAGACAUUGAGUGAAAAUUACA